UGCACGAGAGUUUUCACCAUUAAAAAUUCUAUUUUAUCCCGAUCAUUUUCUUCUCACCACUGUCACUAUGAUAUCUCUCCAUGUCCUCAGACGUUCGUAUUCCUUUUUUCAAUCUCUCCGUCUCUGAGUUUAAUUUCAUAUACUACUAUUCUUUUUCCCACUUCCAUUUUCUUUUUCGAGUCUCCAACUUUGCUAUUUCUCCUUUUCCACCUCCAUGAUUUUGAUUCAUCAACGCUUCAAUCUUGCUUUUCUAGUUCUCUUUUGUGCUUCCAACUUACCAAAAAGAAUGGCGCUUACAACCAACUAUUUCUGGAACAUCACCAAUCUCAUACACUGCAACGACAACAUGCCAAAGUAUGUUCAUAUGGCUCUAUAUGUAAUCAAACCUUAAGUCAAUAUAGGAUGUUUGUGCACCAGGCUAUUUUUUUUUACCGUAAAAGUACUAAUAAAUUGAAUCAUAAUUCUCUCUCUCUUCUGGUGGUUGGUACCUAAUAAUUUCUUUAUUUCAAGCAUCUUAAUUGAAUCAUAGGAAUUAUGAUGCACAAAUAUUAUUUUGAAUCUCUCUCGCUCUCCUUUUUCCCUUUUGUUUUUCUGGCCUCAUAUUGUAGUAAGAGUUUAGGAGAUAGUGUUGUAUAGGUUCAUCCUGUCAUCUGAUGAUUAGUUGUUAGUUGUAUAGUGAAGGAAAUUUUUGUUAAGACGAUAUUCGUCAUAGUUAACUGUUGUAUAGCUAUCAUAACAUUUGUUCCCUCCAAAUUUUAUAUUCUUUUAUGUUUGUGUAAAUCUUUUCUAUUUUAGAUCUUUUACAUUUUUAUGUUUUUCAUUGAAAAUACUUUUUUUUUAACUAUGAUUUUGUUAAAUUAUUUAUCACCAUUAGAUGUAAUUAUAAACUCAACUUGUGUCUAUUAAAUUUAUCAUAUUCUUUUUAUACACAAAUCAACUAAGAAAGUAAGAGACCGAAUCAACCAUUGAAGGUGUAUGAGGCCUUACCGUGUUAGCUGAACAAUUGCAAGUCAACGACAUGAACAUCGACCAAUUCAAUUUCAAAAUCUUACUAUAUCAGUUGAUUUCGUCUAAGACAAUAAGAUCUGAACAAAGAACGGACAGCAUCUUUCUAUGCCUAACCUGUAUGAAGCUUUCCGAAGAAGUAAAGUUAUUUUGAACCUCCGGAGCAACUGGAAAUGGAAGAAGAAGAAGAAGAAGAAGACAAUCUAGAAACAGCAACAACCAUUAAUAUGGAUAUGAUAAGCACCAUGCCGGACUCGCUUCUCUGCUACAUCCUUUCGUUCCUCCCAACCAGAGAUUCUGUUGCCACUAGCAUCCUCUCUCGCCGGUGGCGCCACCUUUGGAAAGAGCUUCAAGUAUUGGACCUCGAUGAUGGUCCCUUUUGCACCCCUGAACGUUCAGCAGAGGAAAUGGAUGAGUGUUUUAUUGCUUUCAUCAAUGCGGCUCUAUCCCGGUUUCCCCACAUCAAGAAGUUUCGCCUCUCCUGUGAGGUACUUUGCGAGGAUGACUUUAGAUCUUAUAUCAAUGCUGUCACUGGACCCUACCUUCAAGAACUGUUUGUCUCUCAGAUGUAUUCUCUUGAGAAUUAUGGAGUCCCUUGUGGAAUUUUCACCUGCCCUUCACUUGUGUCCCUCUGUUUAAAAGGUUAUAUUUCCAUCGAAGAUGAAGAUCUUCAAUCUGUUCAUUUGCCAUCCCUCAAGAACCUAGAGUUGGAUGUCAAAUACGUGAAUGCAGACAAGAUUUUAGGUUGCUGUCCUGUUCUUGAAACUCUUAAGCUCACCCUGGAUCGGGUUGAAUUUCCUACAGUCCGUGUGCCUAUUAGUACAUUGAAGAGAUUAACUUUUCAAGACGACUAUCAUGGCGAAGUUGUUGAGCAUUUGGAGAUAGAGACCCCAUCUCUUGAGUACCUUCAUGUCUCGUUAUGGGGUCGUUACCUCCGGUUUUCGGUUACUGAUUUUCCAAACAUGGUGGAAGCACAUCUUGAUAUUUGGAGUCAUCAAGAGGAUGAGCAUAUUGGUUGGAUACCCGAGCUUCUCAAAGCAGUCUGCAAAACAAAAUUACUAAGGUUGGGAUCUUCAAUAACCGGGAGCUUGCUUUGUGCUCCACCUAUAGACUUUCCCAAAUUUGGUUGUUUGCUUCAUUUGCAACUUCGUUUUGGAUCUUUCAAAUCUAGAUUCCUACUAGACUUGCUUCAUUGUUGUCAUAAACUUCAAGUUCUCAUUAUUCAGAAUGAACUUCAUGGUCAUGGUCCUCCCUUGAACCAGAAAUCAAUGUUACAGCCAACCAGUGUUCCUAAUUGUGUUACAUCACACUUGAACACUUUUGAAUUUGGAGGAUAUGAAGACUCUCUAGAAGAGCAUGCUUUUGUUGCAUAUAUUCUACAAAAUGGCCUUGUUUUAAUGAGAAUGAUGAUUCAUACUUAUACCAGUUAUGGGGAAAAGAUCAAAGAUCAUAUUUUCAAGGAAUUGUCUAUAGUACCGAGGGGCUCCAACAAAUGCCAACUUACAGUUGACUGACUAAUCAGUAUAUGCUGAUGCUUUUCAAUAUGUCUACAUUCAAUAGGCUACACCAAACCCCACCAUUGCUCCCGCAAUGCAAUGUGUAGUAGAUACUGGCCAACCAUAGUAUGAUGCAAUCUGCAUUGCACAAAACCAUAAAAUAAAUACCUAUUCAACUAGUGGAAGUGGAGAAGACGAAUAAGUGUGCCACAUUAGUUCAGCGAAGCAAGGGAGUGCCACAUCAUCACUGUGUCUGCCGACUCAGCAUCGGAAAGGGAUCUAGAGAUCAGUAUGGUGCCUAAAGCUCAAUUUUGACAAUCACUAUAAUAAAAUUAGAAUAUGAGAAACCAAAUUAAUAAAAGUGAUAAAUUUCAUGAAAAUUUAUUGCAAUAUUCUUACUAGUUACUGCUCAUGCGUUGGAUAUGCUAAUUUCGAGUUGUUUGAAUGGAUAUUGAAUUGUGCUUCCCUUGAAUCCCUUGUUUUAAGACGUUUUAUUUCUUUAUAUUAUAUUCCAAAUGUCCAUUUGCCAUCCCUCAAGAACCUAGAGUUGGAUAUAUCAUUUGUUAACCUCGAUGACAUUUUAUCUGAUUGUCCAGUUCUUGAAAAUCUGAAGCUCACUGUACUUAUUUCCAGUUGAAGAUAUUGACAAACCUUUUAUCCAUAUGCCUCAUUCCUUGAAGAGUUUAACCUUUAAAGAGAAUCAUCGUCAUCCUAUCCUGCUGGGGUUUAAUGAUACUGAGCAUCUUGAGAUAGACACCCCAUUUCUUGAAUAUCUGAAUAUCAAUUUAUGCACUUUUGCUUACGGGUAACGCUUGGCAAUUUUCCCAAUAUGUUAGAAGCUCACGUUGAUAUUGAUCAAGAAGAUAAGACUGUUGGUUGGGUACUUGAGCUUCUCCAGGCACUCAGAAAAACAAAAUUGUUGGCCUUGAAACUUUCCACUACAGUGUGCUUGCUUCGUACUCCAGCUGCGACUUUGGAUUUUCCAGAAUUUUCUUGUUUACGUAAUUUAGACCUUGAAAUUCCACAUGUUGACUCGGAAUUGCUGAUAAAAUUGCUUCAUAACUGUCCUAUGCUCAAAGUUCUUUCAAUUUGUAGAUUGAAGGUAUGAGCACUUUUCAAGUUAUUUGUGAAAAACUGCAUCUCUGGUCCAUUUUAUGUGCACCUAGGUUCCUCAAAUAUCAACAUCUCAAUAGAAAAUCACUCUUUCAGCUGUUAUGUAAGAAAAGUAGAAAACACAUAGCAUUUUUUAUGUUUAUUAAUUGAGUAUUGAUGUUAGCCUUAAACUUGAUGGAUUAAAGGAAACAGAGGGGUUGUUGUUUAAUGUUUUUCAUUUUUUUUAUCUUAUCAUCUUUGUUGCCAUAUAAAAUAUUCAAUAUAAGGCCAAUAUCAUGGUUUGCCAAAAGUGUACAUCUAACUGAGUUGAAUUUAGGUAAUGGUUGAAGGAAGAAUUUUAUAUUACAAUUGACUAGGCUUUUGCCAAUCGUGUUUGUUGCCUUUGUAAUGGAGAUACUUCUGAUAUGAUUUGAAGGCCAUUUUAAAAUUUUAAUUGCCUGGGUAGCAGCCCUUUUGCUUUAGUGGAAAUAUUUGAAGACUCUAGUCUUGAGUGAUUGCUUUGCAAUGUCAUCAUGUUUUUGAGG